AAAUUACUCAGGGGUUGUUUCUGACUCUACUUCUACCGUUACUACUUUUGUGUUAAUUUGACAGCAAGACUGACUGAGUGAAUCUUCUGGUUCCAGAACUCCUUCGAUUUUUUUUCUGAUACAACAAAAGAGAAUAAUGAGGAGUUACAGUUGUGCUAUUGUCUUAUUUUUCAUCGUCGGGGUUGUUGUUGCUGCAGAAAACUACCUGGAUUACGGAGAAGAGAAUGCAGAUCGUAAUCUCGAGAACUUGCGUGAAUUCUACAGGUACUUGUUGCGACGUAAUUCAUUCGACGGUAGUUUCAGAUCAUCAAUUCCACUGGAUUCACCUUACGAACAUUUAAUGAUACGAAAAUCUCAGCGUUCACCGUCUCUACGUCUUCGGUUCGGCCGUUCCGGUCCACCGGCGCCCCAGGGAAAUCCGAUAACGAGACCGGCUUCAAACGGAGAAUCUUUUGAAGACAACUGAGACCACUGGCUACAUCCCAUAUAAAUAUUGAAAUAAUUUUCGUACCCGAAUCACGGCUUUCCUUUCAGUAUAAUUAUUGAUAAUAAAAUUUUAAAAUUUUAAAAUAUCAACUUAAAAAUUAUAAAAUAUUUAAUUAUUCCCAUUUUUGACUAAAACAUAUUUCCUCGCGCUUAUUAUUUCACUUAUUGUACUUUUAUUUUGUUUAAAUUUAUUAUUAUUCUAUUUUAAAAAAAUGUAAAAAAAAAUAUACAAGUGUAAAAA